GACUCGUGCGGACAGCGGACGCGACGGCACUCGGCAGUCGACAAAGAUUUGCAGCUUCAUUUAUUUUCGCCCCCGCGAUCGCGGAUACUUCCUUUACAAACAUGUGAAGAUCUGCGCCGCGUCGUUCAUUUCCGUCGCGCGAGUUUGAGUACGUAUGUAUCAAAGUAAAAGUCGUCGAGAAAGUGAGUAAAAUAUAACCGAAAUAACGAGUCGCCGCUUCCAAGCGUCAAGCUAACCUCAAAGUCAGCUUCGCAAUGGCGGUGGGCUCGACGACGAAGGUCGUCCAGGUGACGAACAUCGCACCCCAGGCGACCAAGGAUCAAAUGCAAACGCUCUUUGGCUAUUUGGGAAAGAUCGAAGACAUUAGGCUAUAUCCAACAAUCCGAGACGUGGCGGUACCGGUGCAGUCCAGGAUCUGCUACAUCAAGUUUCACGAUACGAAUCAUGUGGCAGUGGCCCAGCACAUGACCAACACCGUCUUCAUCGACCGUGCGCUCAUUGUCAUUCCUUACCAGAAUGGAGACAUUCCUGAUGAGCAGAGGGCCCUUGAGCUUACCAACAAUGGUUCCGUUGUACCAGGAAUAAGAACUUUUCUUCCAGGUCUCUACCCUUCUGAACCUAAGCUUCCACCAAAUGUAGUAAAUGCCAUCGAGGGAAUUCCACCUAAUCACGUAAUAACAACCAUGGAUCCUAAACUGGAAGCCAAUGGUCUGCCUUUAUACCCGCACCUUCCUGGGCACCUAGACAGCAGAAAAAUUGAGGAGAUUCGCAGAACUCUGGUUGUUGGAAAUCUGGAUGCCUCCACUACUGAUCAGCAGCUGAUAGAAUUCUUCGGCAACCAUAAUGUCGAGGUGAAGUACACUCGGCUUUGUACCAGAGACUCUGACACUGAUCACUACGCCCUGGUUGAAUUCUCAGAGCAAGCAUCCAUCGUGCCAGCUCUACAGCUCAAUGGGCAGAUGCUUAACGACAGACCCAUCAAAAUCGGGCACUCGGUGCAGGCCAUCAUGAAACCUGAAGCCAAGAGCAAUGAGGCUGCUCAGAAGGAGAUUGAGGAAGCCAUGUCCAGGGUGAAAGAAGCUCACAACCUCAUAUCUGCUACCAUUGAUCCCAUGAUCGGUAUGCUCUCCAAAGAUAAACGCAGUCGCAGUGGAUCACGCGGCCGUGGCAAAUCUAGGUCAAGAUCACGUGGACGUUCAAGGCGCUCGCGUUCUCGCAAGCGGUCCCGCUCACGUCACCGACGUUCUCGCUCUCGUCAUCGUCGGCGAUCACGCUCCAGGUCACGCAAGCGCUCUCGCUCAAGGGAGCGACGCAAGAAGUCCAGAUCACGUCGCCGAAGUACCUCUAGGACAAGACAUCGCUCUAGAUCUAGAGAUAGAAGAUCAAGAUCGAGACGGUCGCGGUCUAGAUCCAGAGAUCGCAAGAAAAAGUCACCAACUAGACGAAGAAGCCGCUCGCAUUCCCGUAGCAAGCGCUCCAAAUCACGCUCACGCAAAUCCAGAUCUAAGUCUAAAUCCAGAUCCUCCAAAUCCAAGUACUCGGAAAAGUCUCGCGACAAGGAUAAGGAACGCAACAAGGACAAGUCCGAGAGUAACGGCAAGAAGAGCAGUAGCAGCAAGGAUGAUCGCGAAAAGAACGAGGACACCGGGCGCAGUGAGAAAAAGUCUCGAGAUAAGGAGAAACGAGCUGCUGAGAAGGAAGAAAAGCGCUCGGAGGAGAAGAGUCGGGCUAGCUCUGAGUUUAGCGACAAGGAGAAGGAUAAGCCGGACUCGGAGAACUAAGGUUUUUUGAAGAUACUUCUUCUCACUGUGGCGCAGAGUCGUGGCUGAGCCAGCACUUGGUCACAGAAUUAUGUAGCUCGCUAUGAAAAAUGUUGUCAAUAUUUCCGAAUUCACGGGGCUGAUAGAAAUUUUGAUAUUUAUGAGUUCAGACUUUGCUUUUUAUUAAUUAGAUGUAAGGUUCCUUUAUUAUAUUCAUAAUAACUUUUCUUAGAAAGUAGGUAAUUGUUCAACUGUAUUUUUCUAUGUACAAAAAUAGCAAGUUUUUAUUGUAAUAAUAAAAACUGGGUGCACUUUUACAAAGCAUUGUAACACAUCUAUAGAUGAACCAAAAUUUCUGCUAGACCCCAGCAGCGAAUUCGUUGUAUUUUCACACACAUACACUGAUUACGCGUAAACAUUGUAUAUCCACGUUUUUAUCAUCAUUAACUAAAAAUUACAAAAUGAAAAUUAAGAAAGUACAGCAAGAGAGCUAAUGGCUAAAGUUUAUGAUGUAUUAUAUAAACACAACAGACAACGUUUAACGUACAUUUAUAACAUGAGAAUAAAAGGUAGCAAAAAUAAAAACACUAGCAAGUAAUUAAAAUCAAGGCGCUACGUUCGCCUGGUCAUAAGGACGCGGAAGGGCUUGGGGCUGGCGGUGACACCGUCGGUGUACUCAUUCCGCGGUGGCUCUUCGCCUGGCACUGGUGAAAACGUGAAGUUUUGCAGCAGCGCUGCCGUUAUCAUGAACAUAUUGCUCUUAGCCAGCACCUCGCCCAUGCAACGAUGCUUGCCUGCGAAAGAAAGAAAAGAUUUUUUUCUUUAAACACCGAUAAACACAUAAAAGAUUCAUAAAAUUUAAUGGAUUGAUUGUAUUUGUUUCACCGACAGUUUAGCUUCAUAAUGAUGAUUAAUAUGAUUGAAAUUGUACAAAUAAAAUAAAAGUAAAGUUUGUCUUGUAUCAUGAAUAA